GUGCCCGAAAUGGUGUGAGGCAUAGAGGGAGCCGACUCCACAGAGCAGGACAACUUUUCAAAGGGACUGAAUGUACUGUUGGACUACAGGUUCAUCAUGAUGGUCUACAGAGUACAUCAGGCCUUCAUCUGUCUGCUUGUUGUGUCAGUGGGAGCAGAGGUGCAGGAAGACAUAUCCCCUGGGUGCAAAGAGUUCCUGUACAUGGGCACGCUGCCUCGAGGGCUUGAGGAGAAGUCGCUUAAAAAGAUCUGCCAGUUCUACGAGGGAAAACCGCGAUUUGUGACUCUGUAUGACACCUUCAGCCACAUCCCUGUUUAUUCUGCAUAUACCUUCAAACGCUCAGAUGGCUCCAAGAAGGCUGAUGUGCCUUGGAUGUAUGAGCCACAGCUGUCCAUUGCAACUGGUCCCAGAGAGAUGCAGCAGUUGCCUUCAGAAAAUAUUCCAAAGAUGCUAGAAGCUGCGCAGGCCGUCCUGGAUGACUACUCUGACACGGUGAUCUUCGAACGUGGGCAGCUGAACCCAGACGAGCACCAGGCCAAUCUUGAUGACAAAGCAGCCACCUACACUCUGACCAAUGUGGUUCCUCAGGUCCGAGAUUUCAACAUAGGUCCCUGGAAAAAGCACGAGCACACCAUUCGCAGGCGGCUCAACAAUUACUGCCGAGGCACUGCCUAUGUGAUCACCGGGGUCACCACUUCAGGUCACAUGAUACGUCGCCACAACACCGACCGCCUGGGCAUCCCCAGCUACUUCUGGUCAGCCUACUGUUGCGUUGAUUUUGACCACAAUGCCCCUUACCCAGAGCGUUCAAAGUUCCCUGCGUUUGCAGCCCACGGACUCAACGACAGGGAGAAUAAUAAGGUUCAGGAAAUGACGGUCCAACAGCUAGAGGACUUUCUGAAGAGUGUGACUUAUGUUAGGAGCUCUUUCCAGAUCUUCUAUGACAACUGUGUGCCUGCUAAUAGUGCUAAUGGUGGCCUGCACCUGCCAUAAAAACAUCGGUCAAUCAGUUUUUGUAUUAUCCCUACAUUCCACACUUGUAACAAACAAUUCUCUCAAUGUUAAUUCGAAUUUAAUUUAACAUUUUGGAAUUUUCCUGGGAAUACAAAACGUCUUUUUCACAUGCAUAACUUAGAUUUCUAUUAUAGCAUUUAGGUUUGCAGGUAAUUUCUCUUUCUGAGUCCUUGGCUGUUGGUUAACGUUUCUCACGCGUAAAUUUGGUGUUUCUCAUCAGCUAUUUGUUCAUCAAUGAGUUACUAAGGACAUCAUACAGUAUAUUUUAAUUUAACUCCAUAUAGUCCAUAUACUAUAUCUUUUGUGUUGUAUUUCAUGGGGCAAUAUUUUGCCUUCUAUACCGCAGAACACACUGCUGUAGUCGUUCAUUCACCUUCACUUUAUCUUAUGCUAAUGUAUCCUCUUCAUGACUGCAGACUGUAAAUGCCUGUGUAGUGUCUUUUGUUCAGUUGGGGGAGAUUAAAUCAACAGUUUUACAUUUACACAUUAACUGCAGCAUAUCUCUGCUCUCUCUUUUUUAUUUAAUCAGUAAAUUGGGACGUUUUCUUGUUGAUGACAGUUUAACUUGGGCACAGCAUUUGUUCAAUUUGUGACCACAAUAAAUAAAGUGUUU